GCUACUUGGGAGACUAAAGCAGUCUUGCCUGGUCACUCAAGGCCAGUCCAAGCAAUAUAGUGAAUCUCAAAUUGCUCUGUGUGCAUGUGUGUGUGUAUGUGUGUACGCAUGCACGCGUGCAAGCCAAGGUUUCAAGAGAGGCCAGAAGAGGGUGUCAGAUUCUCUGGAGCAUGAGUUACAGGUGGCUGUGAACUGCCUAUUGUCGGGGCUGCAAACCAAACUCAGGUCCAAGAACAGCAAGUGCUCUUAUCUGAUGAGCCAUCGCUCCAGCCCCAUGCCCAGCAGACAUGGGGGCUGUUAACUGAAACAUUAGAAGUAUUUCCACGGGCCUCUCCUUUUCUGAAGAGAAAGGGAAGAGGAAUGAAUGGAGGAAAGAGAAGGUGUGGAGGAAGGACUGAGAGGAGAGGAAGGACGGAAAAACGCCAGUCUGGUGUAAAAAUUCACCAUGAUUGAAGACAACAAGGAGAACAAAGAGAACAAAGACCAUUCCUCCGAAAGAGGGAGAGUGACUCUCAUCUUCUCCUUGAAGAAUGAAGUCGGAGGACUCAUAAAAGUGCUGAAAAUCUUCCAGGAGAACCAUGUGAACCUGUUACACAUCGAAUCCCGAAAAUCAAAGCAAAGAAAUUCAGAAUUUGAGAUAUUUGUUGACUGCGACAUCAGCCGAGGACAGCUGAAUGACAUCUUCCCCCUGCUGAAGUCGCACACCACCGUCCUCUCAGUGGACUCGCCCGAUCAGCUCACUGCGAAGGAAGACGUUAUGGAGACUGUCCCUUGGUUUCCAAAGAAGAUUUCUGACCUGGACUUCUGUGCCAACAGAGUGCUGUUGUAUGGAUCCGAACUCGACGCCGACCAUCCUGGCUUCAAAGACAAUGUCUAUCGUAGAAGACGAAAGUAUUUUGCAGAGUUGGCUAUGAACUACAAACAUGGGGACCCAAUUCCCAAGAUUGAAUUCACGGAAGAAGAGAUUAAGACCUGGGGGACCAUCUUCCGAGAGCUAAACAAACUCUACCCGACCCAUGCCUGCAGGGAGUAUCUCAGAAACCUUCCUUUGCUCUCAAAAUACUGUGGCUAUCGGGAAGACAACAUCCCGCAACUGGAGGAUGUCUCCAACUUUUUAAAAGAACGCACUGGGUUUUCCAUCCGUCCUGUGGCUGGUUACCUCUCACCGAGAGAUUUCCUGUCGGGGUUAGCCUUUCGAGUCUUUCACUGCACUCAGUAUGUGAGACACAGUUCAGAUCCCCUUUACACUCCAGAGCCAGACACCUGCCAUGAACUCCUAGGCCACGUUCCUCUCUUGGCUGAACCCAGUUUUGCUCAAUUCUCCCAAGAAAUUGGCCUGGCUUCCCUUGGAGCUUCAGAGGAGACAAUUCAAAAACUGGCAACGUGCUACUUUUUCACUGUGGAGUUUGGGCUGUGCAAACAAGAUGGACAGCUGAGAGUCUUUGGUGCUGGCUUGCUUUCUUCCAUCAGCGAACUCAAACAUGCACUUUCUGGACAUGCCAAAGUCAAGCCCUUUGAUCCCAAGAUUACCUGUAAACAGGAAUGUCUCAUCACGAGCUUCCAGGAUGUCUACUUUGUAUCUGAGAGCUUUGAAGAUGCAAAGGAGAAGAUGAGAGAAUUUGCCAAGACCGUGAAGCGCCCUUUUGGAGUGAAGUACAACCCGUACACACAGAGCGUUCAGGUUCUCAGAGACACCAAGAGCAUAACUAGUGCCAUGAAUGAGUUGCGGUAUGACCUUGAUGUCAUCAGUGAUGCCCUCGCUAGGGUCACCAGGUGGCCCAGUGUGUGAUGGUUUCCAGUUGCAUAUCCAGAAAGCCUUUGAGCAUCAGUCUAGAGCCAGGGCCAGUUCUUGCUUCCCCUGAAGACCUGUUUGGGGAGGGACAGCAGCUCCCAGCUUAGCAAUGUCUCUCGCCUCUCUCCAUAUCCAAUCACUCACUCUCUCUGAAAAUGCACACCUGGAACUGCUUAUCUUCUACUUCUGUUUUGUCUUCUGGCACCUGCUAAGGGAAAUAUAGUUCACGUGCCACGUGAUGCCCAGGACACACAUUUAAAAUAUUUUAUUUCAUUAAAAUGUAAUUGAAUCAUUCUCCCCCUUCCCUUUCUUCCCUCCAAUCCCUCCCUCUCAAAUUCAUGGCCUUUCUACCGAAUGCCCAUCUUUGAUGGGUGAGUUGUCUGACACUGGCCAGAGCUGGACUCAUGGUGAUGCCAUUUUCCCCAGCCCAUCAUUAGCGGAUGGCCUCUCUGGAUGCCACGAUGAAUGUCUCUGUUACCUAUUACUGACUGUGUGACAGCCCAGGCACAGUCACACACUAGACUUCAAGGGGACUUGCUGAAACAGAAGUGCAGAUGGCUUUGCGCUACAGCACGGCUAGUAAAGUGCAAGCUGGCUUCAAGUGCUGUGUCAGGCAGGGACGUAGAAACCACCAAGACUCAGCCACUGCUUUCUGGCACUUUGUUUCAAGGUGUAACACUAGGACAUAGUGAGAAGGUAUGUGUGUGUGUGGGGGGGGGCAGAGGGUAGGAAAUGGGGAUGGGAAUGGAGAAGGGCCAAAGGGAGCAGUUUGUAUCUGAGACUGUACUUAUGCGAGGGGAGAGCUGUGAGGAUUGGAGCACAUGUGGUGUCGGCAUAAGCAGUUGUAUAAGCUUUUCAUUACUGUAACAAAGUGUCAGGGACAAUCAGCUUAUACAGAGAAAAGGUUUCUCUUGGAUGCUUUGGUCCAUUAGAAGUUGUUCCCGUGGUUUAAGCCACUGGUGAAGCAAGGCAUGAUGGGAGAAUGUGACAGAGCAAACUUCAUAAAGCUAUACACGUCAUAAAGGAUGGAAAGAGAAAGAAUGAAGGAUUUUAGAGGAGGAAGAAGGGAGAGAGGGAGGGAGAGAGGGAAGAGGACACACACACACACACACACACAAAGGGGGUGAGAGAGAGCGUCAGAGACAGAGACAGAAAGAUCCUACAGUUCAGUGUAAGAGUUCACUACCAGGGUAAGAGAGAGGGCUCAGCAGUUAAGAGUGCCAGCUGUUCUUCCAGAGGACCCUGGUUUGAUUCCCAGCAUCCACACUGUGGCUUAGAACCAUCUGUAACUCUAGUUCCAGAGGAUCCAGUGUUUUCUGGCCUCCAUAGAUAGCAGGCAGGCAUGCAAGCGAUGCACAGAUAUACAUGCAACAAAACACCCAUACACAUACAAUAAAAAGUGGAAGACCCUACCUCUGCUUUUCCCAUUAAUAGUAAAAUUAUAUACCAUUGAACAGGCUUCAUUUCAAGCCCACUAGAUAUAUUUUCAAAACUAGAUUUUUAAAAACACCUUUUAAGGAUUCAGAGGAAACUAUUGAAAGCUGCGCUUCACCCCAUGCUCUACAAGGAAGUGUAAUCCAGCCGUCUCAGAUCUUUAGAAACAUACCCACUUUAACAGCUGGUGAGCACGCAUACGUCCGCAAGUAGAUAUGUUAGCUCUGAAAUCACCUGAAGUACAAAGCAGCUAGGUUACAGCCUGCUUGAUUACCAGGGAAAGCACUGUAAAGAAAUCCUACCGACAGCAAACAGAGAGUGCCGUCUGCGUUUCUGGUUAUUUCCACCAGACUCUGGUGGUGCUGAAGAAUCACUUACUGGCUUUUUAAUUGGUUGUGCUCUGACUAAAGCACUUUAAACUGUAAAGCCACAACCUUACCGUUUGUAACUUCAGGAUAGAAAAAAUAAGCAAAGAGCUCGACUUUGUCUCUGCUCUGCUUCUGUGAUAUUUGGCAAGUCAGGGUUCCAAGAGCCUCAGAGUUUUCAAAACACCUAAGAAUCUUUUAAUAGUUAUUCAAACACCAGGCCAGACUCAGACAAAAAGCAAGGUUUGCAAUUCUUUCCUGGAGAGCCAUUCCUCGACAGCAGCAGCGUGCUUGACUUUUUGAAGAAAACACAAAUGCUAAUCGUCAGCGUGCCUGCGUUCCUUAAUCUCAUGCUUUGGCAUUUGGAAUUACAUAAGUAGCAAGAUGCAGCAAAAUGCACAGAAUUAUUGCUCAUUUUUAAGUUGGCUUCUAAACCAGAGAAAGAAGAAAGCCAGGACUUCUCAAAAGCACUAAAUAACUGAGACCGUAUGUUCAUUUUCAGGAAGUGGAUAAAAAGAUAACAGUGGUUCGUUUCACUCUUCAUGUUACAGUGCCACAUACACUUAUAAUUUAAGAGUGUGUUGUUCCACUGGGUAAUAAACUUAAAGUUCAUGAUCUCAAGAAGUGUUUUUUUUUUUAAGCACAUUUAAAACUUUUAUUUUAUGUGUGUGGGCCCCAGGAAUCAAACUCCAGUUGUCAGGCUUGGCCACAAGCCCCUUUAUUUGCUGAGCCAUUUUUUGCCACUCCCUCCCCCAAUUCUUUUAAUCAAACACACAUUAAAAACAGUUUCAAUUUUAUGUUCACAAUGUUAUUAGUUCAGAGACCCUAGCAGUGGUGAUGGUUGGUACAAAGAAUCAGCCUUGGGGCUUAGACAAAGUAUGAACAUGCCUCAACGGAACCCAUUACUUUGUAUACCAGUUUAAAACAUUUUUACAAAAAGAAAUCACAAAAUAUGCAAUAAAAAUAUACAUCACUCUA